UCCAUACAAGACUUCUAUCUUCCAGCUCUCAACAAAUUUUUAAACACUCCAGACAAUACCACUCUUUACUUCAAGUUAAAGCUCCAAAACCCCAAAAAAGACAAGGGUAUUUUUUACGAUCCCGUGAACGUUACAAUAUCCAACAAAUCGAAUACCACCACCUCCUACAUUGGAAGCUACUUGGUUCCCCAAUUCUAUCAAGGGCACAAGAAGACAGCUAGGAAAGACGGCAGCGUUAAGGCUGACAAGGAGGUGCCUGAACGGGCGGCUUUUGUCAACGGGACGGCGGUUUUCAGAGUGAAUUUGGCGACGGCGGUGAGGUUCAAGAUCAUAUUGUGGAAGGCUAAGAGGUAUAGGAUCAUGGUUGCGGCCGAUGUGUUGGUCAACGAUAAUGGCUCAAAAGACCCUGUUGGAAAGAAGAAAAAGAAGGACGUUAAGCUAUAUCUCAAGCUCCAAUGAGCUUGAGGCUUUGUGGAAUUGUGGGAAUUUUGUUGAAUUUUUUGUUUUUAUUUUGCUUAAUUUCUAAUAAAUCUUAAUGCCUUUACAAAUCA